AUGCCAGGCAUACCAUUAGUAGCUCGUGAAACAACUUACUCUAGAAGUGCGGAUCAAAUGUGCCGCCAAGAUUCUCGUGUGCAUUUGUCCGCGGAAGAGGAAAUUGCAGCUGAGGAGAGCCUUUCAAUUUAUUGCAAGCCUGUGGAACUAUACAAUAUUCUUCAGCGGCGAGCUAAUAGAAAUCCAUUAUUUCUUCAAAGAUGUUUGAAUUACAAAAUACAAGCGAAGCACAAAAAGAGGAUACAAAUGACCAUUUCUUUGUCGGUCACUGUUAAUGAUGGUUGUCAAGAUCAAAGUCUGUUUCCUUUGUACAUAUUGCUGGCAAGGCCAGUUUCCAACGUUCCAGUUGCAGAGAAUUCUGCAGUUUAUCAUUUCAAUCGGGCAUGUACCUUGACCUCUUGCAAUGGAUUUGAGGGGAUGAAUCGAGCUCAAGCAAAAUUUAUUCUCCCCGAGAUCAAUAAGCUGUCAGUGGAGGUCAAAUCUGGUUCUCUUGCUCUCUUGUUAGUCAGCUGUGAUGAAAUCACAAAUUCUUCGUGUGGGAUUGAUCUAACCCAAGGCCACAUGGAUAAUUCUUUUCCAUCAAAUGUUGGAGGGCACUGCUUAUUGGGCAAAAUUCCAAUGGAAUUACUUUUUCUGUCGUGGGAGAGGUCUCCAAACUUGAGUUUGGGGGAGAGAGCUGAGAUGUUGUCAACUGUUGACAUGCACUCGUGUUUUGUCAAGGAAAAGCCAUACCUGCAAACAAUAUCAAGCAUGAGCAGGAUGAAUGAGAUAGAGAAGUGCCUUUGGAUCCUUGUGUGGGAUUUAUUCACUUUCUUCUUCUUCCCUCCCCUUUUUUGCUAUUAUUGUUUGGAUUUCCUUUUGCAGUCGAGUUUUUUGGAUGAAGGCAAAUGUAUAUCUUUCCAAGUUCCCUAUAAUUCGUGUACGCUGAGUACGCCAAAGCAAUUGCAAGUCAUAAUAUCUGGAGAGGAAGUUGGUGCAAAAGAGAGAUCACCUUAUAAUUUAUACUCAUAUAAUGAAAUACCUACUUCGUCAUUGUCACAUAUUAUUAGGUUGAGGACUGGUAAUGUCAUAUUCAAUUAUCGGUACUAUGACAAUAAGUUGCAGAGAACUGAAGAUCAGUUUGGUGGAAGACAAUUCUUGAGCAAGCAUAUGUGUCAGUGACCAAAUGGUUCUAACACUUUGGUUCUCCGGAUUCUUUGCACCCACGGACAUGAAUACUUCUCUGUAAUCAGUUUGAACUUUGCAAGUGGCAUUGUCCUCUUGUAAAUCGUUUUGGUAAGCGAAUUUGCGAUAUAUAUAAUUGUCUGUCUCUGCAUAAACAUACAUCUUCUACACCUGUUCACAGUUCAGGACCUAGUUAUUUUGUAUGCUAGCUUUUUCGUGUGGGUUUAAUGAUUGGACUGUUAGUAGUUGGGAGCAAUCCUUUUUUAUGAUUUUUCAAUGUAGUUUAUGAAUAUAGGAUGACUUUCUUCCGACCCACCUCUCUUCCAACUCAUGUUACGUGUCUUUUGAAGUUUGGGUUAUUUAUCUGACAUUAAUACUGUACUUGCAGUGACAGAAGACUUCUCCUGUCCGUUCUGCUUGGUAAAAUGUGCAAGCUUUAAGGUGGGUCUG